AAGCUUGAAUUGAGAGCUUGAUGUCCCCAGGGCAUAGCACAGAUGAUGGGCGCAUGACAUCUCUGGCGUAAUGGCCAGGGGUUGAUUCUCAGGAAUUGACGACCUAGGGUUUACCCCACCAUGCGUCUGACACCUGUAUACCUGCAUGUACCUCCCUCCAUAUCCAUGGGGUUGGCACUAAGGGGGCCGUAAUGUAGCGGAUCUACAUUUGAAUUGAGAGCUUGAUAAUAUUUAAACGAACCAAGCUCAAGCCAAGCUUCAAACAAGCUCAAGCUCAUAAAAAAUUAACCAAGUCAAGUUUGAACAAUCAUUUCAAAAGCUUGGUUCAUUUUAAACUCGGCUCAACUUGGUUCGAUUAUCUUAUCAAACAAGCUUGAACACCUCAAAUCUUGAUUCGGCUUGGCUCGUUUACAACCCUAAUUAGCUUUCCAUAACUGAACUUAAAUGCACAGCAAGGACUCUAGAAAGACAAGAGAUGUCUUCUUUCCACCAAAUAUUGACACUUACACAGUUUAAUUUGGUUUCGGUCGGUGCAUGGGACUCACAGGGGCCCUUUUGCUUCCCUUUAAUUACUCUCUUACCCAAUGCAGCUAGCAAUUCCAAAUGGGUAAGGUUUGUAGUGAAAGUAUUGCUCUUUAAACGUACAUGACAUACCCUGGAUUGGGAGAACCAAACGCUAGAUAGAUAUCGUAGCUUCUUUUGAGCAAAGUUGUGCAUUGAUUAACUGCAGGAGCUGGGUCUGAGUUGGUCAUAGCUUUGGGUGCUGCUCCAUUAAUUUAAGAUGCCAGGUUGCUUCGGUAUAUAUUUCUCUUAAUCCUUCAGGUUUGGUCGUCUCUUUAAGCUCUGGUGCACGCAGUCGAAGAUGAAGCACUGCUCCAGCCUUGGCAAUCUACAGCAGGAAGAGUUAUGGCACGCUUGUGCUGGGCCGCUGGUGUCCUUGCCUGCUGUUGGAAGUAGAGUGGUGUAUUUUCCACAGGGUCAUAUGGAACAGGUAACUGCAUCAACCAAUGAAGAAAUUGUUCCUUUUUCCAGCUUCCCUUGCUUGGCUUCUCAGCUUAUUUGCCACCUGCACAAUGUCACAAUGCAUGCUGAUGAAGAGACAGACGAAGUUUAUGCCCAGAUGACGUUGCAAACAAUAUGCCUGCAAGAGCCGUGUGAUCUGUACUAUGUGCCUAUUGACAUGGGUACGCGAAGCAAACAUCCCACUUAUUACUUCCACAAGACAUUGACAGCGAGUGACACCAGCACGCAUGGUUGCUGCUCGAUCCCCCGUCGAGCUGCAGAGAAAGUGUUUCCGCCUCUGGAUUUCUCAGUAGAGCCUCCUUCACAAGAGCUGAUUGCGAAGGACCUUCAUGGUAAUGAAUGGAAGUUCCGUCAUACCUUCCGAGGACAGCCAAAGAGACAUCUGCUGACGAUAGGAUGGACUCACUUUGUGAAUGCAAAACGACUAGUCGCUGGGGACUCGGUGAUAUUUAUUUGGUACGGAUACAACGAGCUGUUGCUGGGAAUCCGGCGAGCCUAUACACACCCUCGAGUCAGCUUCGCAGACAGCAUGCACAUAGGCCUCGUUGCAGCUCACGCCGCUUCUACAAAUACUCCUUUCACUAUAUAUUAUUUCCCAAGGACAAGCCCUUCUGAGUUCGUUGUUCCGUUAGCUAAGUAUGUUAAAGCUGUUCUCCACACGAGAUUGUUUGAAGGCAUGCGUUUCCGGAUGCUGUUUGAGACGCCCGAGACAGGUGUUCGACGGUAUAUGGGAAAGAUUGUAGGGAUUGGCGAGCUUGACCCUGUCUACUGGCCAAAUUCACAUUGGCGAUCUGUCAAGGUAAGCUGGGAUGAGCCCAUAAUCGUGGAGAGGAAACUAGGAGUUUCGCCAUGGGAAAUUGAACCACUGACAACCUUUCCAAUGUACUCCUCUCCUUUUUCUCUGGGAAUCAAGAAUCCAUGGCCUCUCACAAUACCCUCCAGCCUAGUUCAAAGGGAUGAGGAGAUCAACUUGGUUGCAAGGCUAAUGUGCAUCCAAAGCGGUCAAAAUAUAGGGUUCACUCAAACUCAUAACCUUAUCAACAACACUGCACCAUGGACGCAUCAAAGAUUUGAUGGUGUCCACGGUGAGGUGGGCCAUGUGACCACUGCAAAAGAGCUACCAUCGGCUUCAUCUGCAGAGAUGCUGCAGCUACUCCAACAGCAAACUGAACAGAUGAAUCGUCAAAAUGCACAGAACGAGGCAGCAGAAGCAGCGGUGGAUCAUCCAUUGCUUGCUGCUAAUUAUGCUGAGUUCAUCGGCCCUAGCAUCAUGCCGCAAUCUUUGCACAGCAAGCAGUGCCUGGCGGAUCAUGAAGAUAACUACUCACUUGACCUGCACUUCUACUCUCCGACGUCGGAGGAUGUUCUCACGUUGCAAUCCCCGUCCUUGGACACGACCAUGUUGGCAUCAUUUCCUACUACUUUCGAGAUGUGUGUCCACCGUGGUGACUCGGUUGGGGGUGAGUUUGUCGCGAAGAAUGGUGAUGAGAGAUUCUUCGUUUAGGCCAGACAUAAUUGGGUGAAAGGUAAGAAGCAGCCGAAGAAGAGGAGGUAGAAGAAAAAGAUGAAAGAAUUGUUUUGUACCGUACUUGUUUCUCUCCCUUCUGCUUAUCCAUUCAAGU